AUGAUUCUUUGCCAACCCUGCAUAUGCACGGCGUUCUCCGUACCUGAAGGCCGAAUCAACGGGCAAAGCUCCUAUUUAGAGAGUGGGCCCAUAACUCAGAGCAGAGCGCGCCAGCACAUACAACAUAUGUACGGAGUAGCCGCGGUCGAAGGGCGAGGUCUUGGUCUUGGUGGGGUCAAGCGGGUUACGCCGAAGCAGAGAAGAGAAGAAAGGCGAAAAGAAAAACAGCGAAAAGGAAAUGAAUAG